UAGACAAAUAUUUUAUAUAAGGUAAUUGGUAGAAAAUUACAACACUUGGAGCACACCAAAGAAACCAAGGGAGAGAGUUUGGAAGAGGAGAGGGGGAUAUUCACGCUUAUGCUCGUGUUUAGCUGCCUUUCAUUGGUGUUCAAUCAAAAGCUUGCUUGGUACACAAUUGCCCAUAUAGCAGAUAGAUUCAAGGUUCGAUUUUGGUGAUACAACUGUUGUGAGUUCUGGAAUUUCAAGUUGUAGAUUGUUACUGUCUUGUGUGUUCACUAGCUGAAGCACUGAAGUAGAGAGUUUGAAGGGGGUAUUGCUACUGCAUUGCUUGUGGAAUUUGGAAAUGAGUCGCAGAGUACGGAGGAGAGUGUCAAAGAAAGGAAAUAGUAAAUCAGAUUUGCCGAGUUAUUCAGAGAUCAGUAAUGAGAAUAUAAGGUUACAGGAAAGAGGGGUUGUUGAUUGGACUAGAUUGCCUGAUGAUUCUGUAAUACAGUUGUUUUCGUGUUUGAAUUAUCGGGAUAGGGCUACUUUGGCAUCAACAUGCCGGACAUGGAGGGUUCUCGGAAAUUCACCUUGCUUGUGGGACACGUUGGAUCUUCGAACCCACAAAUGUGAUGCUACUACAGCAACUUUGCUUGCCGAUCGGUGUAGCAAUCUUCGUAAGCUUCGCUUUCGUGGUGCAGAAUCUGCCGAUGCGUUGAUAAAUCUCAAAGCCAGGGGAUUGCGGGAAAUCAAUGGUGAUUACUGCAGAAAAAUCACUGAUGCUACACUUUCCAUAAUAGCUGCUCGACAUGAGGUGCUUGAGUGCCUUCAACUUGGGCCGGAUUUCUGCGAAAGGAUCAGCAGCGAUGCAAUUAAAGCAAUCGCAGUUUGCUGCCCGAAAUUACAAAAACUUCGGCUUUCUGGAAUUAGGGAAGUUGAUGGCGAUGCUAUCAAUGCUUUGGCCAAGAACUGUCAGAACUUGACAGACAUUGGCUUAAUUGACUGCCUCAAUAUUGAUGUGAAGUCAUUGGGUAACAUUGUAUCAGUUCGUUUUCUAUCAGUUGCAGGGACUACAAACAUCGAAUGGCCUACAGCAUCUGAGCAUUGGUCUAAACUCCCAAAGUUAAGCGGUGUAGAUGUUUCGAGAACUGAUAUAACUCCUACAUCUGUCUUCAAACUUUUUUCAACCUCACAAAGCUUAAGGGUGAUGUGUGCUUUAAACUGUCCGGAUCUUGAGGACGACGCCAACUUUGUGGCUCAUAAAAGUAAUAAGGGUAAACUGUUAUUAGCCCUUUUUACUGACAUUUUUAAAUCUGUAGCUUCCCUAUUUGCCGAUACUACUGAGAAAGAGAGAAAUAUAUUCUCAGAAUGGAGGGAUUCUAAUAAUAAGGAUCGAAAUCUUAGUGAGGUAAUGACUUGGUUGGAAUGGGUCCUCUCCCACUCGCUUCUACGUAUUGCGGAGAGCAAUCCACAGGGUUUAGAUAAUUUUUGGCUUACCCAAGGAUCAGCACUAUUACUUGAUCUUACCCAGAGCUUGCAAGAGGAUGUACAAGAAAGGGCAGCUGCAGGCCUUGCAACUUUUGUGGUCAUAGAUGAUGAGAAUGCUAGUAUUGACGGUGGACGUGCUGAAGCUGUUAUGCGGGAUGGUGGCAUAAGUCUCUUAUUAAACCUUGCCAGAUCUUGGAGGGAGGGCCUCCAGUCGGAAGCAACAAAGGCAAUAGCUAAUUUGUCCGUAAAUGCUAAUGUUGCAAAAGCUGUAGCAGAAGAUGGAGGAAUUAAUAUUCUUACUAAUUUGGCGAGAUCUAUGAAUAGAUUGGUUGCCGAAGAGGCUGCAGGAGGACUUUGGAAUCUUUCUGUCGGUGAAGAGCAUAAGGGUGCUAUUGCCGAAGCUGGUGCUGUACAGGCAUUAGUUGAUCUAAUCUUCAAGUGGUCUGUUGGUGGUGACGGUGUUCUGGAACGUGCUGCUGGUGCUCUGGCAAAUUUGGCUGCCGAUGACAAAUGUAGCAUGGUUGUUGCUGCGGUAGGUGGUGUACAUGCUCUUGUAAAGCUUGCUUGUAGCUGCGAGUAUGAGGGAGUGCAAGAGCAGGCUGCUCGUGCAUUAGGUAAUUUAGCUGCUCAUGGAGAUAGCAACGGUAAUAAUGCUGCUGUUGGACAAGAGGCUGGAGCUCUUCAAGCACUUGUGCAGCUUACUCGUUCUCCUCAUGAUGGUGUCAGACAAGAAGCUGCUGGUGCGUUGUGGAAUUUGUCAUUUGAUGACAGAAAUCGAGAAGCCAUUGCAGCGACUGGUGGUGUUGAAGCCUUGGUUUCUCUUGCUCGUUCGUGUUCAAAUGCCUCUCCUGGUCUUCAGGAGAGGGCUGCUGGUGCUCUUUGGGGGUUAUCGGUUUCUGAAACUAAUAGCAUUGCUAUUGGGCGGGAAGGAGGUGUUGCACCACUUAUCGCACUGGCACGAUCCGAAGCCGAAGAUGUUCAUGAGACUGCUGCUGGAGCUCUUUGGAAUCUUGCUUUUAAUCCUGGCAAUGCUUUUCGGAUAGUGGAGGAUGGGGGAGUACCAGCUUUAGUUAACCUUUGUUCUUCGUCUGUAUCAAAAAUGGCAAGAUUCAUGGCUGCUUUGGCGCUGUCAUAUAUGUUUGAUGGAAGAAUGGAUGAGUUUGCGCUGGUUGGGACUUCCACAGAAAGCAGUUCAAAAAGUGUGAAUUUAGAGGGGGCUAGGAGAAUGGCGCUGAAAAAUAUUGAAGCUUUUAUACUUACAUUUACUGACCCACAAGCAUUUACUGCCGCAGCUGCCUCUUCAGCCCCUGCAGCAUUGACGCAAGUCACGGAGUUGUCCCGUAUUCAUGAGGCGGGUCAUCUGAGAUGCAGUGGAGCUGAAAUUGGAAGAUUUGUAAUUAUGCUUAGAAAUCCAUCUUCUGUGCUCAAGGCAUGUGCAGCAUUCGCCCUGCUCCAGUUUACCAUUCCGGGUGGCAGGCACGCACUACACCAUGUAUCCCUUCUACAGAAUACGGCUGCACCACGGGUUCUAAGAGCAGCAGCUGCAGCAGCUAAUGCACCUCUUGAAGCGAAAAUCUUUGCAAGGAUUGUACUCCGAAAUCUUGAGCACCAUCAAACAGAAACUUCGAUAUAGCUCUAUGAUCAGCUUCCCUAAUUCGCUUAUUUGUUUGAGGGUGUUAUCAAUGUCGUUGAAGCAGCAAAUUUAAAUGUUCGGUUAUGUGCGAGCAAUAUAAUCAAAAGUUAUAAUGUGAUAAAUGUAGAAUCUUUCUGUGUGGGCAGUCUGCUUGAUCAAAUUGUGAUCAGUGUAGAUCUGAUCCGCAACUUUCUUCUCAUUUCCUUCCCAUUCAUAUUAUUUGUUUGUACAAACAUAUUGGCACCAUAGAGUUACUUUGUGUGAAGGUUACAUUGAUAGUUUUGUUCUGUGGUUUACCGAGAAUUUGAGACCAAGUCUCCCAUAGAUAUGUUAUGAAACUAUUGUUGGAUUA